AUGGAUUCCGUCCAAAUAAGUCAACUCUUCCGAAUUUGCAUCGGAAAUUCAAUCCUGGAAGAAGUUAGUUCAUUUCAAUAUCUGGGAGUAACAUUAGAUUCUCAUCUUCAUUGGCAACAGCACAUUAUAAAUACAUGUAAAAAGUUAACGUACGCUUGUUAUGUCUUACUGAAGGCGAGACAAUGCUUUGACACUCCCACGAUGAAACUUAUAUAUUUUGCUAUAUUUCAUAGUCAUUUAACAUAUUGUAUUGAGGCCUGGGGCGUAACUUAUGACACUUACCUUUUGCCAUUGAUUAAAUUACAGAAGAGAGCCCUCAGAAUCUUGACAUACUCCCACUAUUCCCAACCGUCUCAUAUCAUAUUUCAUCAACUUCACAUUUUCACAUUUCUGGAAAUUAAACAAUAUAAGAUUGCUUGCUUAAUAAAUAAUAUUUUAAAAUCAAACAAUCCACUGCCAGCGAACAUCUUAAUUAAGGGUAACCGAUUAACAAGGGCGAACACAUCUGGUCACUUUAACAUACCACGGUCUCAUAACGUAUACGGCGAGCGACUGAUGCAAUUAUGCGGAACUAAAAUCUGGAACACUUUACCAUCUUCAGUCACCCAGUCAGGCGACUUUAACAGCGCUUUGAAAUACUAUAUUUUUUUAAAUAGAACAUGUCUCCCACCAUCCUGAAACUCAAUCGCAUAUUCUGUUAUUGAAUUCAUAAAAAUUCAUUUCACUUUGAAUACACUCGUGCUCCUCGUGUUUUUAUUAUAUAAUGUAUAAAUUACCGGAUAUAGUUGAACAA